AUUUCUCUCCCUAUGGCCUUGUCACAUUGCGCAACACGUCUCUCGACAGUCCUUCCCGUGUACUUUCUCCGGCUCGAGUCUAGAGCAUGCCCUUUUUUCUUUUUACUUGUCUAUUGUCUUCUUGUUCUUUGAUUUAUUCAUCUCUGUUGCUCCACCUCCUCUUCCCUGUCAAGUUUGAUUCCCAAAGAUUAGUUGUCUCCGAUGGUACUGUACUCCCCAAUUUCAGGGGAUCCUUUUUUGAAUUUUCUUAUUCUGGGUUGAUCUGCUCUCUUGGCCACCAAAUGCAGCUAACCUUUCGAGUCCCGCCCAAACGGUUAGGAUCUGCCCGCAGCAGCAGCAGCCCAGGCAGCUCUCCAUCCCAGCACCAACCCUGAUAUCAUGAGGUGCCUCUUAUUGGUUUCAAACUGGGCGUAAUGGGUUCAGGGCACAUACGGAAUUCGAUCCCGAUGCUGGUGCUGG